AUGGUUUUUCACGAAGACGUGGCCAGAAAGACAAUUCUCAAUGAAAAGUUUUCAAACUUCAAAAAAAGUAUUGUCAGCAUCAUGGGGCCCUCACGAAUGGGAAAAAGCUUCUUUUUGUUGUACUUGAACAAAGAGGCGGAGAGUGAAGAAAUCAGAGGCGCCUUUCAAUCAGGCCAUUCUCGAUGCACAGCGGGGAUCCUGAUAUCCACACAACCGUAUCAGCUGGCAAAUGAUCAAUUGAUUUUCUUUUUGGAUACACAGGGCACUUUUGAUUUGGAAACUGACCGAAAGGUCUCUGUUUGGAUCGCAAGUUUUAGUCUACACUUCUCUGAUAUUCAAAUUGUCAAUUUAAGAGGCAACAUUGGUGGUAAUGAUCUUCAAGAUUUAUAUACUUUUGUUCAGUUCGCAAUGACAUAUCCUGGGGCGAGAUUACCGAAACAACUCAUCUUCCUUAUUCGUGACGCUCCACAAAUUGAUCAAGACAAUAUUUUCUUGGAAAACUUACAGAUGCAAUGUUCAAAUUCCGUGGAAUUAAAAGAAAUUAUGGAUUUUUUGCGAAAAAAGUUUGAAAUCAGCGUCUUUUGUUUGCCAACAGUUUCCGAAAAUAUUCGAAAAGCUUCGGGAUUUGUUGUCAUGGAAGAUUCGGUUGAUUCUGCUUUCUAUCAAAAAAUGAAUGUGGUUAAAGAAAGCAUUGGAAGCGUCUGUAAAAAUAAUUACAACAAACUUCCUGAAGACUUGAUUGAUUUUGGUCAUAAAAUCUGCGCUCAUAUCACUACUGUGGCCCCACAACUUGGCUCAACGGUUGAGAUAAUCAAGCAAGUUUCAAAAGCAAAAGCCGUCAACAAAUCUUUUGAUUUCUUUUUGAAUCUAAUCAAGACACUGAAAGCCGAGAACUUCGCAGAUCGCGAGAUCAAGAUUGAAAACGAAACCAUCAAUCACCUUCUCUCGUUUAAUUUAAAACCAGAAGAUCUAGAGGAAGCAAAAGCUACAUUGAUGCAGAGAAUGAACGAAAAGCUUGAAGAACUGAAAGCUCAAUGGAUGAGAGAUUUGGAUGAGAAAGAGGAAAAAGAGGCAAUUUCUGACUUUCUGCGGAAGGAAAGAACGAGGAUCAAUAAAAUUCAUGAAAUCAAAGAACUGUUGGAAAAUUGCAGCAUCGAAUCUGCAGUAAAAGAAUUCUCAAAAACGCUUUCGAAAGAGCUGACACGUGAGGCGAAACAGGAGUUGAGUCAGAAAGUUACGAACAUGGUAAUGGAUCGAUUGUCCUACUUAAAAGCAUCUAACUUGCCAAAAAUCUUGGAUGACUAUCGAGUAAUUCAUGGAGACAAAUUGGAGAACCACUUUAUCCGAUUUGAUAAAGUCCCAGAUUCUCACGUUCUGGAAGGAAUAAAACUUGAAACGGAGGAUGAAUUGAAGGCUGAAUUGAGAUCACUUCAGUUUAAAAUAGACGAAGAAGCGAUUAUUCUACAAAGAUUUGAAGAAAAGUUGCAGACAUCGACUAGCACUUUUCUUCAGCAUAAGCAAACGAUCUUGGAUCAGAGAAACAACUUUGAAAAGCUGAAGAGACAACAAGUUGAAGUGUUUGAUAACGGUGGUGAAGAAUCUCGGGCAUUUGAUGCAGCUGAACGAGAAUUUCUAGCGCAGAGUUCCUGCUUUGACCGGGCCAUAUUAAUGAAAGAGAAAUCACGAUCACGCUUGGUUUUUGCCGAAUACCUCCAGUCACAAGAGCCUGUGAAUGAGCAGCGAGAGUUCUACUCUAAAAGUUUAGCUGCAAAGAUUGAGGCAUUGAUUGCUCAACAUUUGGCCAGAAAUACUUCAACGUCUCCUGUUCCAUCAAACCAACAAGAAACUCAGCCAAAGGUGAGAAAGUCAAGCAUCAGGAAGAGGAUUCGGGGAAAGCGAAGGAUCUGGAAGAGGAUACGGCGAUUUUUACUUGGAUGCUUCUGCUGUCGA